GGCUCCCUGAACACUCCUCUGCAGCGGCACGUGCUGUGCCUCAGCCUGGGCUACUUCAUCUUCGACAUGUGCUGGUGCAUCUACUUCCAGACAGAGGGGGCGGUCAUGCUGGCCCACCACACCAUGAGCGUCCUGGGCAUCGUGCUGGCGCUGUGGCUGGGCGAGUCGGCCACCGAGGUGAACGCCGUCCUCUUCGGCAGCGAGAUCACCAACCCCCUGCUGCAGGCGCGCUGGUUCCUGCGCCACGCCGGCCUCUACGACACGCUGGCGGGGGAUGUCGUGGACUUCCUCUUCGUGGUCCUGUUCAGCGGCGUGCGCAUCGGUGUGGGCACCUGGUUGCUGUGCUGUGAGCUGGCCUCGCCGCGGCCGUGCUCGCUAGUGAAGGGCUGCGGGGUGGGCAUGUACGCCCUCUCCUGGCUCUUCAUGGUGAGCAUCGCCCGCUUCGCCUACAGGAAGAGCAGCCUCAAGUACAGGAAGUGGGCGGCCGCCAGCGGAGCCAAGAGGAACGCUGGGAAGACAGAGUGAAGAUCCUGGAAGGAGGGAUUGGCCAACACAGAGCAAAGUCUUCACUGAACUAACCUUAGUUUAACCCUGGCUCCGGCUGUAGUAUUGUACAGUGGAGAGCACAGCACUGAUACCUAAUGUGUUUAUAUUGGUGUUUUUUUUUUUAUAUAGGAAUUUCAACAGAGGGAUCCAGCACCCUUCCAAACCCACAUUACAACAGGAGUAACAGAACUGAUUGUCAAACAACAAAAACUGUUUUAAUGUUUUGUAAUGUCCACGUUUGUACGUUCAUUACUGUAUACUUAAAGGUAUAGAAAUAAGCACUGCCUGGAGAAUUUGUCCUGGAACAAGGAACAAUAAGAUAACAUUCCGGCCUUCUUUAAGAAUGUGAGAAAGCUGUUUCUAUGGUAAUUAGCCAUACAGUGUGUCGCUGGUACUGCAUAGCGUUAGUGCCUGUGUCAUGUCAUUUUCAGCAGUGUCAGAUACUGCUUUCAGGUGAAUCCUGUAUAAUCAAUAGCAUUCAUAGUAAAUAAAUGAAAGCAUCUGAUGGUGAUAGGUAGAAAACUGCAGCUUACCUUCCUGGGGUUAAGAAGCUGUAGAGGUUUGUAUUUUAGUGAUAGGAUGUGGUGUUAAGUACAGUUCUCAUGUUCCUAAUUCUAAGACUCUCUGUUCAAACGUGGCUCAUUUCUAGCUGUAUCUGUGCACACACCGACCACGCUGUGAAUCAAACGGGUUGCAUUUGGAAUUAGAGUUUAAAAUGACUGCAGAUCAACACCUGCUGGUGAGGUUUCUGUAGUGAGAAUGUUUCUGAUAAAGAGUCUUCUAAUGGAACUGUGAAUGUGUGCUCAGAUAUUCACUGCUGUGUUGCUCAGUCGUCAUGAGGAAUUCAGUCAGUGACGCACAGCUGCCUUGUGAUUGAAGCAAUAUCUCCUUUUUUUUGGUGCUGUUCAAUGAAACCUGCACGGGUAGGAACAAAAAGAGCCUUCCAUAAUCGUACUGCCCUCCUGGGAAGGGAGACGACAACGGAAGCAGUUUUAAUGGCUGGGCUGGGCUUGAUUUCUUCACACCAAGCACAGAUGAAGUUAGAAUACCAGUCCUGUGCAUACUGUUCUAUUCAGUAUUUUAAAGUUCAUAAGCUUAUAUUGUACUGUAGUUGUGUCUUUAAGGCCUUUAAAUAAAGGCAGUAUG